CAAACAGGCUCUUUUUAGUCCAAGCCCUAUCUCCUCCAUUGUUGCUCUCAGGAAACAAAGUCAAGCACCGCUUACAUCCAAAUCCAUACGGAUCCCACACAGAGAUGGCGACGUCUAAGUUUAUGGCUUCUUCUUCUUCAACAACCUCCCAGACUUCGGAUGUCCGACGCAAUACCUCCUCCGCAGCCUCGCCAUCUUCUUCUUCUACAAAUUUACCGACCUUUUUUCACACUCAGAAUUGUACAGCUGAGUAUCAAGGGGGAGAUAGAAGAGAUCCGGAUUCGAAUUUGAUGACCCUUGACAGAUUCUUGGAGGAUGUGUAUGGGGAUCGUCAAGCUGCGGCGGGGAGUGCUCUGUUGAAUGCGGAUGCCUUGGGGACAGAUCCAGUUGUUACUGGGCCUGUGGAGCGGAAAACGGUGGAUGAUGUUUUCAGAGAGAUUAUGGACGGGGAGAAGAUGGGGCUGAGGGAGUCGUCGGCCGUGGAGUGUAAGGAAGAGGCCAUGGAUGAGAUGAUGACCCUUGAGGAUUUUCUCUUGAGGGCCGGGGCUGUUGAUGAAUGUGAACUUGAGCCUGUGCACGCGGAGGUGAAGAUUGAGCCUUUCUGCGAGAGGUUUAGUGGAGGAAGUUUCAAAUACGAGAGUUCGAUCCUCACUCAGCAACCCAGCAUGGAGAAAGUUGCAGGAUUUGGGAAUGUUACGGAGGCGAAUGGAGUUGGGAUAGGGAAGAGGAGAGUUGUUUUGGAACCGCUGGAUAAAGCUGCCUUGCAAAGGCAACGUAGGAUGAUCAAGAAUAGAGAGUCUGCAGCGAGAUCAAGGGAGCGGAAACAGGCCUAUCAAGACGAGCUAGAGUCUUUGGCAACAAGACUGGAGGAGGAGAAUGAGCAGUUAUUGAGAGAGCAGGCUGAAAGGAAAAAAGAACGGUUUAAGCAGUUAAUGGAAAAUAUAGUUCCAGUUACGGAGAGGCGAAGACCGGCUCGUGUUCUGCGGAGAGUUAGCUCAAUGCAGUUGUAACAGGCAAAAGGAUGCCAUGGAUGGCAUUUCCUGCAGAUCAAACCUUAUGAUUCCCAAGAUUGUUUAAUGGGUCAGUCUCCCAACCAGAUUGAUUUUGUUGAAUCUCAUGGCUGCAUAAAUAUAAUGCAAUGAUGGUGAGCUCUAUUUAUUUUAUUAUGUGCCCGUUUGGAAACAGCCUCAUCUUUUAGCUUUAGCGUUUUAAAAAAGGUUAUGUAACGACAACGUUUUCAAAUCGCUAAUGCUAAUUGAGACGCUAACAUUUUGAUAAUCCGAAAUGCUGAUUGAAAAAGUUGUUCCCAAACGAAGCCUAUGUUGUAUUGUUGUUGUAGUACUCCGUAUUAUUUAUUGGAUGGGCCUUGGUAAAUCCUUGUAUACACCAACUUUUACACCAUACACAUUGAGUACAGAUUUUUUUUGUCCGUGGGAAUAAAAAAAAUUGCGUUAUAAAAUGGGACGGAUGAAAUAAUUUUUUUGGAAAAAUAAGAUCAGUUUGCACAAAUGGAACCGAAAGAGUUGCAUACUAACUUUAGGAAAAAAAGCAUCAAAGUUCUUGACCGGUAAGAGUUGCAUACUAACUUGUGGAAAUAUUUAUCAUAAAAGCCCCUCAGAUUUUGGUGAAAAUGAAGACGUGAGCUAGACACUGCUAGUGUAACCCUGAGUCUGUGAGUU